AUGAUGUUCAAGACAGCUGCAGCUAUUUGCUCACUGCUUCCCUCCUUGGCACUAGCUCAGUACGGCUACAACCCUCCCGCGGGGAACUCAUCCCCCACGACCUCUUCAGCAGCAGCGGCGGCAGCAGUACCCUCUGCACCCGCCAACACCGAUGGUCACAUUAAUGUCGAUGUAGCAGCUGGUGGACAAUUCGUCUUCAGCCCGGCAAACAUCACUGCGCCUAACAACACGGUGGUGACUUUCUUCUUCCCUAACGCCGGAAUUACACACUCCGUCACUCAAUCGUCCUUCGCAGCCCCGUGUACUUACCUUGCCGCAUCAUCAAACAACUCGGCUGGAUUCGACUCCGGCCUCACCGCUGGGACACAGUUCAGCAUCACCAUCACUGAUGAUACGAAACCAAUCUGGUUCCAUUGCAAGCAGAUAACGCACUGCGGCAUUGGUAUGGUUGGCUCCAUCAAUGCCCCAACAACUGGCAACACCCAUGCCAACUUCGUCGCGGCAGCUAUGGCCAUUGGUGCUGCUGGUGAACCAACUGAGGCAGAUAACGGCCCUACAACUGGUGGCUUCGGCGCUCUUGCGACUGCACCACCCACGUCAGGCACUGCAGCUCCAACGUCCGGUGGCAGCGGUGGCAGCGGCAACGGCGCUCUCCAAACCGGAAUGAGCAUGGCCGCUGUAUUGGCGGGUGUCGCCGCUGCCGUCUCCUUCGCCUGA